UGCGUACAGAAGACAGCGGCCUGCGUGCUCUUCAGUACCAGUCACCACCGGUUGGCGUGUGCAGUGUACACCAUCAUCGCUAUAUUGAUCGCACGGUGCGUUGUUAGUUGUUGUAUUAUUGUUUUGCUAUUGGCUUAAAUAUAUAUAUAUAUAUACAUAUUUAUAGCUGCCAUUCGGUUAGACGCAUUCGAUUCACGUAACACACCAACCGUACGUCUACAUUAGCUAUAUAUAACUCCGUGUACAACCAAUAUUAUAUAGGUACACCUUGUACAAUAUAAGUUAUAUAUAGGAGGUCCCUUCGACAGCGACCAUUCAUACGGCGACACCGGCAAACAGAUCAGCACCAUGGACGCGUGUUUUAGCGCUUUCGACGACGACGGGGAUGGUUUUUUGAAUAUCCAUGAAUUUGACAGCAUAUGCAAAGGACUUUUCCGGAACGACCGUGGAAUUGUGUACAGUUUAGAUGCUGAUCGGCUGGAACAUAUAUUUAGCAUAUUUGAUACCAAAAAGGAUGGCUUGAUUGAUAGACAAGAAUUUGUAUUGUGCUGGGAUAAAUGGAUAAAAACAAUUGUUAGGCCCGUCAGUGUUUUUCUCAUUAUUGACGUACAAAACGAUUUCAUUUCCGGAACAUUGAACAUAAGCAACUGUUCAGCCCAACAAAAUGGAUUAGAAGUAAUUGAACCCAUAAAUCAAUUAUUGGACACAGUGAAUUUUGAUUCAGUGUUUUAUUCGUACGAUUGGCAUCCAACUGAUCAUAUAUCAUUUAUUGAAAACUUGUCAUUGCGCAAACUAGAUUCUUCUUCGCCUGUUUCAGCUGAAGACGCAAAGCCAUUUGACACUGUAGUAUUUGAGGGUUGUCCUAAAAUUAAACAGCGUUUAUGGCCAAAACAUUGCAUCCAAGAUUCUUGGGGUGCUCAACUUUAUAAAGAUUUAAAGGUUGUAGAUAACGCUAUGAAAAUUUAUAAAGGGACUGUAUCCGACGUGGACUCAUACUCAGUAUUUUGGGACAAUAAAAAACUAUCUGAAACAACAUUGUGUAAUCAGUUAGCAAAUUUGAACAUAACGGAUAUUUACGUAUGUGGACUAGCCUAUGAUGUCUGUGUUGGCGCUACUGCUGCUGAUGCACUAUCAAUUGGAUACCGAACAAUAUUAAUUGACGAUUGUUGUCGAGGUGUUGACGUGGAUGAUAUAAAUUUAACUAAAAACAGUGUGAUAAAAAAUCAUGGCGUUAUUGUUCAAUCACAUGAGGUAAAAGCAAUGGUUGAAGGGCGAGACAGACGUCCAGAAUUAGGUUACAAAUUAGCCCUUGAACUCGAAAAAUCCAUCCAAAACAGUAAAGUAAAACAUAUAAAAUAAGAUGUUAUAAGAGUUGCAUAUUUUAAAUAGUUAUUACUAAUUAAUUUAUUAUAAAAAUAGUCAUUUUAUGUUUUGAUUGUUAUUUUAUUAUAAUUUGUAAAACACAAAAUACAUGUUUUGUUAUCAUAGUAACAAUAACUAUAUGAUAAUAAUAUGUAAAUUUGCACUAAUAGUAAUUGUACAAAUUGAG